CAUGCAGUGAGGGAAGUGAAGCCCAGGGAGAGUAGCUGACACCAUGGCUCUGCUCUCUGUGAGUGUCGGGCCCUUUCGGAACCGGGUCCGGGCGGUUCGGACGUGGAGCCGAGACUUAUCCACUAUCUCUGCUACUUUACGCAACGGAGGCGCGCUGGCGUCGGCGUCACUGAUCCAAAGGAGAUGUGGAGGAUUAUAUCAACACAGUUUCGCUCGGUUACUUAGCUCAAACAAACCACCAAGAGGUUUUGAAAAGUAUUUCCCAAAGAGUGAAGAAAGCACCGGCGUCAACAAAUCAGCUGAAGAUGAAAACACCAAAGAGCAAGAAUCUCUUGUAAGGGAAGAGCGGGACACAAAUGAUGAUGGCGACAAAAGACGAAGAGGAGGAAAAAAGGAAGAGUCACACUGGUGGACGCGCUUUCAGGAUGAUUUUCCCUUGGAUGAAAAAGCAGUUCGGUACUUUGCAAUCGGUGCAGCGGGCAUGACCUCGGCUUUUUUGUACUUUUACUUCCGUGAGACGGGGAUGCAGAUCUCCUGGAAGGACUUUGUGCAUCACUACUUGAACAGAGGCUUGGUGGAUCACCUGGAGGUUGUCAAUAAACAAUAUGUCAAAGUAAUUCCUGUCCAAGGAGUGAACACAUCAGAAGUGAGCUAUUUGUGGUUCAACAUUGGCAGUGUUGACUCAUUUGAGCGUAACCUGGAAAUGGCCCAGCAAGAAAUGGGUUUGGACUCACAGAAAGUACCCGUAUUCUACAGCAGUGAAAGCGACGGGUCACUCCUUUUCAGCAUUCUCCCAACCUUACUGCUGGUCGGCUUUUUACUUUUCGCAAUGCGGCAGGGACCGAUGGCAGGAGGUCGUGGGGGUAAAGGGCGAGGAAACCCCUUCAGCAUGAGUGAAUCCAAAGCCAAAAUAAUAAAAGGCGACAUUAGCGUUCGGUUCAAGGACGUCGCAGGCUGUGAGGAGGCCAAACUGGAGAUUUUGGAGUUUGUCAACUUCUUGCAGAACCCGCGGCAGUACCAGGACCUAGGAGCCAAGAUCCCAAAGGGUGCUGUGUUAUCGGGCCCACCUGGUACCGGCAAGACCUUGCUAGCUAAGGCCACUGCAGGAGAGGCCAACGUCCCCUUCAUCACCGUCAACGGCUCAGAGUUCCAGGAAAUGUUUGUUGGAGUGGGCCCAGCGAGGAUAAGGGAUACGUUUGCCACAGCUCGUAAAAAUGCCCCCUGCAUCCUUUUCAUUGACGAGAUCGAUGCAGUUGGCAGGAAGAGAGGCGGUGGGAACUUUGGCAGCCAGAGCGAGCAGGAAAACACCCUCAACCAGUUGCUCGUGGAAAUGGACGGGUUCAACAGUAGUACUAACGUGGUUGUCUUAGCUGGCACCAAUCGAGCUGAUAUCCUGGAUCCAGCUUUGAUGAGGCCGGGACGCUUUGAUCGACAUAUAUACAUAGGCCCACCAGAUAUUAAAGGCAGGGCGUCCAUCUUUAAGGUGCAUUUAAGACCUCUGAAGUUGGACACUAGUAUAGAAGUAGAGGCUUUGGCCAGGAAGCUAGCUGCACUAACCCCAGGUUUUACUGGGGCUGAUAUUGCAAAUGUGUGUAACGAGGCCGCUUUAAUAGCUGCACGUCACCUCAACCUACAUGUCAAUACAAAGCACUUUGAGCAGGCAGUCGAGAGAGUUAUUGGAGGUAUGGAGAAAAAGACUCAGGUACUGCAGCUUCCAGAGAAGACUACUGUGGCGUAUCAUGAGGCCGGACACGCUGUGGCGGGCUGGUUCCUAGAACAUGCAGACCCUCUACUUAAGGUGUCCAUUGUUCCCAGAGGGAAAGGUUUGGGUUAUGCACAGUAUCUGCCUAAGGAACAGUACCUGUUCACCCAGGAGCAACUGUUUGACAGAAUGUGCAUGAUGCUGGGGGGUCGAGUGGCUGAGCAGGUUUUCUUUCGGCGAAUCACCACCGGGGCGCAGGAUGACCUCAGGAAGGUCACGCAGUCUGCGUAUGCACAGGUUGUACAGUUUGGAAUGAAUGAGGCGGUGGGUCAGGUGUCCUUCAACCUCCCUCAGCAGGGUGACGUAGUAACUGAGAAGCCCUACAGUGAAUCUACAGCCCAGCUUAUAGAUCAGGAGGUCCGCACGCUUAUAGACACCGCCUUCCAGCGAACACUUCAGCUCGUCACCGACAAGAAAGAAAUGGUGGAGAAGGUGGCGAAACGUCUUCUAGAAAAGGAGAUUCUAGACAAAGCCGACAUGGUGGAGCUGCUAGGAAAUCGUCCCUUUCAAGAGAAGUCAUCGUAUGAGGAGUUUGUUGAAGGGCUGGGAGAGUUUGAUGAAGACACUACUCUACCCGAAGGGCUAAAGAACUGGAACAAGAACAGAGGGGAGGAAAAACACCCGCAGAAUCGGCAAAACAAAUCAGCCCUUUACCUGUAGGUGGACACGCAGCCUCAAGGCAAAUAUCCCUCUGGACUGAAUAUUUCUGAAGUUCAGCACCAUCUGGUCCAGACUGAAAGACAUCCCUUGUUUAUGGGAGAGAUGGUGAUGAUGUGUUGCACUGGUCUUAAAUGGCCUAGAUAAUGCAAUUUUUCAAAUUGUAGUUUUUAUAUUCUGGGGGGACUCUAAAAAAUUACUUUCAUUUUAAAAAAAUAUUUUCAUUUUUCACAUUUUACUGUUAGGUCAGUUUAAAGUCUGUAAGCUAAAGUUUCUGUGAAAAGUGCUGUUUGUGGCUCUGAUAUGCAGACCUACAGUCACAAACAUACCACACAAUAAUCUGUAGUCAAGUUACAAAACAGAAAUCAAAUGAGAUGUGCUUUUUAACAUUCAUUUGACAUCAUGUGAUGAGUAUUUUAGUUGUGGUGUGUAUUGGUCAGUUACAGACUGUUCUGGUAUCAUGUGAUGGUAUCAUAUGACAUAAAUUUUAUUUGAGGCUCAUUGCCCUUAUCCAACCUUAAAUCUAUAAAUCUAAUAAGAUGCUUCCAGUCUCAGCCAACAUGUUGAUAGCUAAAUAUUUAAUAUGUGUUUUCCCUGAGUAGAGAAAACAGUUUCUUCACUUCUUUCUGAGAUGUUUAAGAUUGCAAAGGUACUUUGACUGUUUUAAAUCUUCCUUCACACCGUCGUACAAUGAAGACGUUAUGUCUCAACUUAAAUACAUUUUCAUCACCAUUAUAGUCUUCCAGCAGAUUUCAACCUGGUUCUCAUUGAUUUAUCAGUAAAGGCAGCUGUUAGAACUCUCAACUCUCUCUGUUUGUAAAUUAGCUUUGUGCAUAUAUGACUGAUAUUGCAAAUGUAAUUGGAUCACAUGUACUGUAGGUUAUUGUCUCCUCCUCAGUGUCCCAUAGUAAUAAUUACUUUAGGUUGAUGGUCACUUAAGAACAGGGAACAAUUGAGCUGAAUGAGAAUUAAAUAUAAGCUAACAAACAAGCAAACCACACUCUCUUCACUCACUCACACUACCUCACAGUCUCUGUAUUCUUAACAUCAUCCUCUGGACAAUUCAUUGAUCACAAUAAUACUCACACUUCAGUCUGGUUAUUGGUUAUUAUUGUUAAUCAUAUGUGAUGACAUCCAGGCUGAUGCUUUCUGUGCUUUGCUGUAGUUCAUGUGGAUAACACACAUGAGUAAGGGCUCAAAGUAAAGAGAGGAUUAAAUGGCUUUUUUUCCAUGGAUGGAUUGGGUGACCUUUUCCAUCUCAAUACUUUCUCCAGCACUUAUUAACAUGACAAUAAAUUGCUGUUAUUCAGGAAAUCAUCCUUUCAGUCAAUUGUGACUUGUGUUUGAAUGUUUUCCUUCAUUAUGAGCCAGUUAAGCUAGAUAACUAUUCAUGUAGCAUUCAACAGGUUUAGUAUAAAAAAAUAUAUAUAUACAGUAUAUACUUGAACUAAAUGCCUUGCAUUAUGGGCCGUUUGGGCUCUUUUUAAAAAAAUUGUAUCAGGUUUUCCAAUAGAUGGUUAAAGGACCCCGACCAGCUUGACAUUGGAACAUGUUUGUCAUUCAGAUAAAAAAAAAAAUAUAUGAAUAAAUGAUGAGCAGGCUGGUUGUAUAUCAGUGUAAAUGAAAUGUACUGUGUGUUUUGUGCCUGCUUGACUAUGCACUGUUCUUGUUCUUGCUUGAUGAAUUUUUUCUUUUUACAUGUCAGUGAGGAUUAUUGAUUUUUCAUUGAGAUGUGAUGACAAAUGAAAUGUGAGGCUGUUGUGGAUCACACCGGUAUUAAACAACUUUUAUACCCCA